AUGAAAAAGUUUAAGAGGAGACUGUCCUUAACCUUGCGUGGAAGCCAGACCAUCGAUGAAUCUCUGUCUGAGCUAGCAGAACAAAUGACAAUUGAGGAGAACAGCAGCAAAGAUAAUGAGCCUAUUGUGAAGAAUGGCAGGCCUCCAACGUCUCACAGCAUGCACUCGUUUCUCCACCAAUACACAGGAUCUUUCAAGAAGCCCCCUUUGCGGAGACCACAUAGCGUCAUAGGGGGCAGCCUCGGCUCUUUCAUGGCAAUGCCCAGAAAUGGGAGCAGAUUAGAUAUUGUUCAUGAAAAUCUGAAAAUGGGGUCAGAUGGUGAAAGUGACCAAGCUUCUGGAACAUCAUCUGAUGAAGUUCAGUCUCCCACAGGUGUUUGUCUCAGAAACCGGAUACACAGACGAAUCUCAAUGGAGGAUUUGAACAAGCGCUUGUCCCUGCCGGCAGACAUCAGGAUACCUGAUGGCUAUCUUGAAAAGCUGCAGAUUAACAGCCCACCGUUCGAUCAGCCAAUGAGUCGACGUUCUCGUAGAGCAUCUCUAUCAGAAAUUGGAUUUGGAAAAAUGGAAACCUAUAUCAAGUUAGAAAAGCUUGGAGAGGGUACUUAUGCAACAGUUUAUAAGGGGAGAAGUAAAUUGACAGAGAACCUGGUAGCUCUGAAAGAAAUCCGUCUGGAACAUGAAGAGGGAGCACCAUGUACAGCCAUAAGAGAAGUGUCAUUAUUAAAAGAUCUGAAGCAUGCAAAUAUUGUUACGUUACAUGAUAUUGUGCACACAGACAAGUCUUUGACUCUUGUUUUCGAAUAUCUGGACAAGGACCUGAAGCAGUACAUGGAUGACUGUGGUAACAUCAUGAGUAUGCACAAUGUAAAGCUAUUUUUAUACCAGAUUCUUCGUGGUUUGGCAUACUGUCACAGGAGAAAGGUAUUACAUCGAGAUCUGAAGCCACAAAAUCUACUAAUUAAUGAGAAAGGAGAACUGAAGCUUGCAGACUUUGGGCUGGCUAGAGCAAAGUCUGUUCCUACAAAGACCUAUUCCAAUGAAGUUGUCACGUUAUGGUACAGACCACCUGACGUUCUUCUUGGAUCUUCAGAGUAUUCAACUCAAAUUGACAUGUG